UUGACCGGGAUAAUAAGAUUCAAUAUGGCGCGUAUUUCGUAUCGGUGGCACUUGGAAUGGAACGAAACAGAGAUUUUUCAGCUGAAAAUCAUGCUUAAGAUGUUAUGUUAAGAUGUUAACGACAAGAUAAAAAUUAUGAAUGAUCCUUUGAAACUAUUGCCAGUUGACAUCACCAAAGUACGAGCUCAAGAUGUCGUUGUAGUGGCCGCAGUGUUUGUGGCAGUGUUUCUCUUCAGAGCUCCAGAUGUAUGGGAGUUCAACCCUUCUUGGCAACUGGACACUAUCUUGCAUAGUGAUCACCAUGCAUCAAGACACAAGCUACCUCCUCCUAUUAUUACAGACCUGGACAGUGAUGGAAUUAAUGAAAUUAUCAUUGUAACUGAUGAUUCAAGACUUCAAGUGAUGAUGCUACCGCCACAAGAGGAAUACAAUCAAUCAUCUACUCUUCCUCAUCUUCUUAUCAAGGCAGAAGCAAUCCUUGGGGUUAGGGCUGGCAUUAACUCAAGUAAGCCUGUGGCACUUGGAACAGGAUGUGAAGUAAAACGCAUUUCUUCCCCUGACAUCUGUCGCCAGGUGCAUUGUUACACUGAUCAGCUGGAGCCAAAGUGGAGGACUCUGGUAUUUACAGAUCAUGAAACAUCAGGUUCACUGUAUUUUAAGGAAAUUGCUGUUUUUGUUGCACCUCAAUCUGGCCUAGUUUUGAUAGGAGGGGUGAUUGCCGAAGAAGAGCGAAUUCAGCACAAUCUGAAGCAUGACCACCUGCAUAACUUCUCGGCCGGUUUUAGUGCCGAGGAGAUUGCAAAGCAACCACCACGGCGCCUGCGCAACACCAAGAAGGAACCCGAAGGAAAGGAACAUUUCUCGACAUAUGCUCUCAACGCGAAAACGGGAAGGACCCACUGGAAACAUGAACCGGGCGACUAUGAAGCCGAGAAAAUGUCUAGAGAGGAUGUCCUGUCAGCUUACCAUUUCAAGCUGGCCCUUCAUUCCAGUCAGUACCACGUGGGUGAAGUUCACUGGGGUCAAUUCACCGAAUCACUGAUCUCGUUAUUACCAUACAGAUGGCAACACCCCGCUGACACCACCUUACAAACGGCUCACUUCGUGAAAAAGCAACCUCUCACUUUCGCAACACAAGAGAGGGAACAUAACACAGGACCUGCAGCAGAAUCGAAAGCAAUAAAGCCAAACGCAGUAGUUAUAAAACGACAAAAAGCUAUUGAGGUGUUAAACAUAGAGUCUGGUCAACCUUUGUGUUCCUACGACAUCUCUACGAGAGCCACAAGUGUAGGUGACUUAAAUGACGACAAUGUUGUAGAUCACGUGACAGCCUUUUUUGCGUCAGAGCGAACAGACCAUUCAGGAUGGAUCAGUCCUUGCACUGGCAAUGCAUUUUCCGGGAGGAAAUCUUUAUUCAGCAGGUCCAUCUGCCACAGUCCUUCAACGUUUGGUAGUUUCUUUGACUCGUUUUCUGAGGAAGAUUUACGCGAUGAGCCAGAGCUGGUUUCUCCGUUGCUUGUGCCUAGUCCACCUAACAAAAGAGGAAUCUUCAGCCAUUUAUCAGGAGAAUCUUUCAAGCGAGACAGCAUCAGGAGCUUGGACAGUAUUUUUGUUAUUUCUUCAGGAAGACUAACGAGUUUGGGACCGUUUGGUGAACUGAAUUGGCAGGUGGACACAGGGACUUCGUGGACAAAUUACAAUCCACCGAGUGACAAAAGCGCAGGCAAAGUUCUUGUACCUAACAUUCAAGCUGUAUCUACUGCAGUAGGGGCAGCGCAGGACGCUGUCUUGGUAAUAGGCUCGAAAGACUUCACACUAGUCUCUCUCAAAGAUGGCUCGCUGAUGGCCUCUCAUUCGACACCUUGCGAGCCGGUGUCUCCUGUUGUGCACGGAGAUUUUACAAAUGACGGUCUAAUGGACUUUAUUGUGUGCUGUAAAACAAGCUUUAUCGGCUUUUCACUGGACAGCAGACCAGGGUACUGGUGGACGGUAGUCUGGAUCGCGUGUGGUCUGGGGGCGAUUGGAAUAGCAGUACUUAUACUUCGCUUUAUCGAAGAAGUGAUUGUUUGACAAUAGUAGGAGCCCACGGUAUCAGUUGCGUGCGGAGUCUCAGGCAACUGAAGCCGAGUCCAGCUGGUCUUCUUCCCAUGGCCGGAUUGUUGUGGGAGCAAAGGUAGUGCCAGUAUAUUACUUCACAACUGUAGGUUUGGGCUCUGGAAGCAGAGUCGAAAAUGUGUUGCGUCAGGAGCCCAUGUGCAAAGAAAAGGUGGAGAAUAGCUGUAAAUGAUAAUCUUUCGAUGGUAUUAAGGCUCCUCCAAGAGAUCGUCUACAAAAACACCAAGUCUUUUCAAAAUGGACUGCACUGGAUAGUAAAGUCGUCAUGACUUGGAAUAAAACCGAUUGAAAGAGAAGUAGAAUUUACAGAAAAACGAACAAAUGAAUAACAAGCGAACGGACGAAUAAAAUUAUCUCAUCGGCGAACGCACAAACGGAAUUACGAAGGGCCGAAAGAGUGGACCGACGAACAUACUAACGGACGAUGAAUCACGAUCAGAAUGCACUCUCGAAGUCGUGUUCAGAGCAUCUCGUUUUUAAAGUAGUUUCAUUGUAUUCUUAUUUCGUCGAAUUACGGCCAUGAAAGUGGUGGAUGCUGCUUCUGUUUGGAAAUGUUUCAUUUCUUAAGUUCACAGUUUUGACGCAAAACAAUUGUUAUGCCGCCGAAAAUUAGACUGAAAUCAUAAUUAAGAUUGAAUGAGAAAGCAAACGCCGGAAAAGCAGAAUUAAAGUCUUUUUGGCAUUAAUAAUUGUACAACUGUGUAAACAAAAUAAAUCUUUCUGCUGACAUCGUC